GUGUGUGUGUGUGUGUGUGUGUGUGUGUGUGUGUGUGUGUGUGUGUGUGUGUGUGUGUGUGUGUGUGUGUGUGUGUGUGUGUGUGUGUGUGUUUGCGAGUGCGCGGGUUCGUGUCUGAAAAACGUAGCUUGCCAUGAUGUCAUAUUGCGUAGAAAGUAUUCUGAUAAUAGUGCCGAUUAUGUGACUCAACUGCUUGAGAAAAAGUAUCAAAAAUGCUCAUUUUCUAUUAUGAUUUGUGUUAGAGAACUCGAUUUGUCUCUGGUUUGAUAUAUGGAACUGAACGAAGGUCAUUUGCAUUACCUGACUCAAACGGAGACCGUUUUUUGUCAAACAGCUUUCCGUCAGGUUAAAGCUACGGAAAGCGUUUUGUUUUACGGUUUAACUACUAAAUACAUAUAUUUAAACCACACGAAUUGCAUGUAAUUAAAUUCAAAAGGGAUUUUUUGUAAUUCUUCACUACAAAAAGGGUGGGAAUUACAAAAUACACAGAAAUUAGAAAAUCAUACCACAAGCGCUAUUUUUCAUGACAUUGCCAAACACAUUUAAUGAACAAUAAUAUGCCACACGUAGAAAUAAUUAUAAAUUGGUACGAUACUUCCUGCGUUACGCGUUGCAGUUUGUUUUGACAAACAAAUCCAUUUCAGAUCAUUUUGGUAGCAAUGUCUCGAGUCAACGAAAGAAGUCUCUAACAAGCUUGUAUAAUACCGAUUUUGUUUCAGUUCGUGUAGCGCGAUUUUGUUUGACACAUUUCCGUUUGAAUCAGAUAAUCGACACUAAUGUGUGUGUUAUCAUGUGAAACAGCGUGGGUUUACACAUGGAUAAAAGCUAAAGUUUGCAUCGACAGCAGCGCUUGUUCCUCGGACGAAAACGCCGGUGUGCUGAUUGAUAAAUGUGCAUGUGCAGCGAUGCGAAAUCGACUCGCGCACAAUAGCAAUGAACUCGGCAUUCCCUCACAAGUGUUUCUCCAGUGCACGCCAUUGAAAGGCCUGUAUGCAUCCCUGCGUUGAAGCUCGUGUGUGCAUAGGAAACUUUGUGCGUGCAUUGAGCUGGCGCGCAGUUAUUCUUUUCAAUGGGCGUUUUGUUUCAUGAGCGCGGAAGUAUUCUGUUCUCGAUUUAAAUGGGUAGACGCUCACUCGCUUACUCAUUGAUAAUUUUUAUCCAUACGCUUUUUUCGCUGCUCUACAACGAUGUAAUUCAACACGUAUAGAGCCUGCGUUCUGCAGGCAGAGCACGGGAUCAGCCGUGUCCAAGUUUUUAACCAGCGCGUUCUUGACGGUCCAAGCAAGCAAUGGCGCCUAUCGCCAACCAGUCGAUAAAAAUUAACCACCGGUUUGGCUAUAUCGACCAAUACAUUUAUCUACUGGCUGGCGAACAAUAACAGCACGUUGGCUCAAGUAUCUACCGGCGAAGGAAAAACUAUCAUCGUGGUAGCGAUCGCAAUAAUAAAAGCACUCCUUGGGGAGAAGGUUGACAUUAUCACCAGCUCGUCGGUACUUGCCAAACGCGAUGCAGACCAAAACAAGGACAUUUACGUUUUGUUUGGAAUCGGCGUAUCGCAUAACUGUAGCGAAGUAAUAGAAGAGCGAAAGGAAGCUUACUCUUCGAAUCAGAUAAUUUAUGGAGAUUUGGCAAACUUUCAGCGCGACCAUUUACUACACAAAUUUUACGGAAAAGGUGUAUUGGGAGAUCGCAGCUUUGAAAAUGUGAUCGUCGAUGAGGUGGAUAGCAUGUUGCUGGAUAAGGCAAACAAUAUAUUAUACUUGUCGCAUGAUAUUGCUGGUAUGGAUAAGCUGGAAUCGGUAUACUUAUUCAUUUGGCAAAUGGUCAAUAAUCUGACCGAUCUUUCAGAGGAUGAACUUGUCAAAAAAAUUAAACAGUCAGUGUUGAGCGAUAUGUACGCAAUCAUCCAGAAAGAGGAUAUACAAAGUCUGGACAAUGGACUGGGAAAAUCCAAUGUUUUAGUGCUAUGGGAGAGAUUAAUGAAGUCCGGAAUAAUAGAUUACUUAGGAAGAUUACAGACAGAAGCUAUUGAUUCCAACAAACUAGAAAAAGUACUUUCGCCAGAUUUCACACAAUACAAAGAUCGCCUAAGCUUCAUGCUUACGUCCUGUCUAGAACGUAAAACUUACAUUAAGGUACCCAAUUAUCUGAAAUCAUUCGUAGAGCGUCAUUUGGUCAGUUGGAUAUCCAGUGCCGUAACAGCGCUUUACAUGGUACCAGAUCAGUACUACGUGGUAGGCGUCGAUAAUUCGUUGUCGGGAGGCGAAACACAUCCAAAUGUAAUUAUUGUCGAUAGAGAUACAGGUACUGAUCAAGUAAGCUCACAGUGGGAUGAGGCGUUGCAUCAAUUCUUGCAGCUCAAACAUGGAUGUAAGCUGUCAACCCUAAGCUUGAAAGCGGUUUUCAUUUCCAACGUUACAUAUUUGAAGGAGUACAAACUGCUGUAUGGAUUGACAGGCACGCUAGGGUCAAAGGAAGAAAGAACCUUGCUUAAAAAAAUACAUGACGUGGACUUUGUCACAGUUCCUACCUUUAAAUUGAAACUAUUUAAAGAAUAUGAACCUAUUAUUUGUUCGAGCAGUGAGGAUUGGAAGCAACAUAUACGCAAAGAUGUGGAUACUCUCACCAAAAUAAAGAGCAGAUCAAUUCUUAUCAUUUGUGAGACGAUCCGCGAUGUGGAAGCAUUGAAAACGAUAUUUGCUCCAGAACAGCAAAACAAUGUUCGCACUUAUAAGCGGGAUGAUGAGGAUUUGCCUAUCGAGGAAGGUGGAUUAGAACCAGGGCAAGUUAUCAUCGCAACCAACUUGGCAGGACGCGGCACAGAUAUAAAAAUAACCAAAAAGCUUGAAAAGGCGGGAGGUUUACAUGUUAUAUUAACAUUCCUUCCCACGAACGUUCGUAUAGAAGAACAAGCAUUCGGAAGAGCGGCAAGAAAGGGCGAAAAAGGAUCGGGACGGAUGAUAAUAAAAACCGAUGAUACUAAGAUACAUACCCUCAAAUCGAAUAGAAACGCAAAAGAGUUAUUACGCUUAAUCGAUGUAAAAACAUACUACGAUACGAUGAUUAAGACAGAAGAGGAAUGUUUUGAAGCAUUUAAAAAGCUGUACGAGAAAGAAAUGAUAUGUUUAACGAAUGUUCAAACACCCGAUGCUGUUAAAGAGAUUCUACUGCAAAGUUGUUUGGACAGAUGGUCGUUUUGGUUAGACGAAAACAAUGUACCGAUAGGGAAAGCAUCAGAUGAGGCUACCAAAGAUAAAAUAAAGCUGCUUUUAAAGAACUUUCUAUCACAAUUUGAUGAUCUGAAAGCAACGAGCGCAAACAAUUGGCCAGCUUGGGUUGAAGAAAAUCCAAUGCAAAUGAUCAAAUUGGGAACAUAUAUUUCUGCACACGAUUCAAAGCAUCGCAAUACAGCAAUGCAACUGUUUGGGAAAGUUAUCUCGAGUGAGCCGUAUUUUUGCGAAGCCGCUUAUUACUAUCGUGCAUACACACGAUCACUUGACAACAUGAACGUUGGUGACUUCAAAAAGGAUUUGCGUAUGGCAGAAAAGCUUUUUAACGACCAUAUAAAAUAUGCAAUGCAUGCAUCAGUUGUCAUAAGUGAACUGAAUUCCAUCAAGGAAAACAAGGCAUAUGCAGAGCAACACAAAAACCUUAUUAAUUUAUACUCAUUGUUCAUUCAAUCCAUAGACGACAUGUUGGGUCAUGCUGUAAGUCCUGAAUCGUUUGUAAAUUAUGAAAUAAAGGAGGAUGUUGCUGGAAUAAUUUUUGACGAUCUUGUACGAAUCGGCAUGAUAAAGAAGGCUCAAGUAAUCGAUAACAUACCUAAUGAUCAGAUUCAGAGACUUCACGCCGAGUACGGGAUACCUGUAGAUCAGCUGAAGAAGUUCUUAGCUCAACAUAGGGGCCCUAUCGAUGACAAAGAAUUCCUUAAAGCUAUUCGAGAAUCAUUUUCAUUUCCAAGCAGAAGCGAAUUUUGGAAAGAGCUAAUUAAUCAAAAGGUGCUACACAGUGUUGAAAGUUAUGUUGCGGUAAUUGAGGAACGGCUCAAAAUUAUGGAUCCUGCUUUAAUGAACUACCUAAAGGAAAAGGUAGACAAAGGAGACCUGGUGAAAGAAGUUAUUAAUGUAGAAAAAGAACAGAUAUUGUUGAUUGCCGAAGAACAGUCACAGUUUUACUUUGGGAAAGCGAAUUUUUUUUAUGUGAUCGGUAGAACAAAGUAUAAUUCGCUCGAAGAGAAUGGUUUACUGUCAUUCAACGAAAAGGCGAUCAUCGACAAAAGUAGAAUUGAUAGCUGUAUGUUUUCUGCAUUUGACUCCAUUACAAUUCAUGAUUUAAUUUAAUUUAAUUUGUUUAUUACUCGUUCAAUGGAUAACAAUGGAUCCGUGUGAAUGUUCUUAAGUCUAAUGUUAGAUUAAAAUAAGUAGUAAGAUCAUCUUAGUAGUUCGCUUCUAAGGCAGUUUUUAAAGGAUUGCACUGAGGUUCCAAAAUCAAACAAAUGACGAACUUCGUUAAACACCUUAAUCAUGGAGUUGAGGGGGUCUCUAGAUCCAUAUCCAGUUCGACUACGGUUCAGGGCAAGUAACGGACGAGAGCGAAGCUGAACAGCAGGCGCGUAAAAGUUUAACUGCUGGAGUAGGGAAGGACAGUCGAUGUUACUUUGCAGUAAACCAGCCACAAAUAGUUGUUGUGCGGUACGGCGUCGGAUGUGGAGCGGUUGCAGUCCAAGGAGCAAAAGUCGCGUUUCAUAAGGUGGUAACUGACUGCCAGGUGGCCAAGGUAACAAGCGUGUUGCGUAUCGGGAUAAGCGACGCUGUAUCGAUUCCAUUCUCUCAGAAAGUCUAUGGGUUGAGGGCUUCCAGACGACACAGGCGUAUUCGAGUACCGGGCGGAUAAUACCACAGUAUAACGCUUUGAUGCAGACUGGGUCUUUGAAAUCUCUUGUUAUCCGAAACAACAUGCCAAGCAAUUGAUUACCUCGGGUAAUCACCUCUUCUGUUUGCUGGUCAAAUGACAGCUUUGAAUCAAGUAUGACUCCGAGAUCCUUCAUAGCAUUAGUGCGUUCUAUUGGUAGACCGUUAACUGUGUAGCUGGUGUUCUUAAUUUCUCGUGCUCGUGUGAAUGAAAUGUGUCGGCAUUUUUCAAUGCAGAGGCUCAGGCGGUUUCGAUUGCACCAUUGGUGAAAAUCGAGAAGGUAUUGUUGUAGCUCGGAGUGGUCUGUGUCAUUUUUUAUCGUCAUGUAGAUUUUAAUGUCAUCUGCAUACAUUAAAUGAUUCGCUGCUGGUACUACAUACGAUAGGUCGUUGAUGAACAGUACAAACAGUAGUGGACCCAGGUUGCUACCUUGUGGCACACCAGAUGAUGCAAUGAAAGACCUUGAAUGGCACCGUGAGAAAGAUACAGCAUACGAUCGAUUGACAAGGUACGAUUCUAACCAGCAUAUUAAAUUUCGCCCAAGUCCCAACUUAUUCAUCUUGGCUAAAAGGAUGUUGUGAUCGAUGCUAUCAAAAGCAGCCUUUAAAUCCAUAUAAACUGCAUCUGUUUGCAUCCUGCUAUCCAUGUUACGGAGACAUUGUGAUGUAAAGUCAACAAGGUUAGUAAUCGUCGACCGCUUUGGAACGAAACCUGAUAUUACAAAAAAGACACAAAUUACAACAAGUGAAGCGAAGAGCAUCCUAGACGAGCUACUUGAUCGAAAUGUUCUACAAAAGAGGGGUGAAACGUUUGUUCUACCAAUGAACUAUGACGAUAGCCAGGAUAUCUUGCUUCCCACCUAUCCAGUGUAUGAGAGUGUCGUUAGAAACGUCCUUGCUUCAUGUUUUGCCUACAGAUUAGCUCUGAGAUACAUAACCCAACAGCUAGAAGAGGAGGAUUGCUCUGACAUUCGUAUAGAACUGAAACCCGAUCCUCAUCGAAUGUUUUUCAACGAUUUACUUGAACAGAAGAUAAUUUUCCCCCCUGUGGCCACGCAUGAGAUCGAUGAAAGUAAAAUUAAGGCAAUGUACAGAACAUCAUGGUCGAAAGAAGAUUUGCAAAAUAAGCUUGCUAAUGAUAUUGGUUUGCCUAUAGAAUACACCAGGGCUCUGGUUGGUGUCUUGGCUGAGAACGACUGGCUUGAUCGAAGAUACUUUUAUCAUCUAUCUUCUAAAACCAAACGAAAAAGUCUCACCGAUCUAAAAUCAAGCAUUGCAUUAAUUUCCGCAAAACAUGACCUUAUCGAAUCAUAUGACUUAUCAGUUGCGGUUGAUAUAUGGUUUAACAAUCAAUUGAUCUUAGCCCAAAGUGUUGACCAUAUUAAAAAUGUACUAAUGCAAUCUAAAUCCUUACUGGCAACAAUAAAAGAACCCGAAGCUAAACUUAAAUCUAUUACAGAAUUUUAUGGCAAUGGAAAUUAUGUACACAUCGAUGAGAUGCGUAUCUUUCUCAUAAAUGGCCUAGAGCAUCUUAUAGAGCUAGAAGAGAAAAAAUGGACCACAGAAAUGAUACUUAAUACAUUUGCAGUGAUAGUUAUGGGCGUGGUACAAAUAGCAAUUGGAGCUAUAAUGGAGGUGUAUUCGGUUGGAAUGAUGACUCACGUUGCCGUCGCUUUGAUUGGCGAAGGAGUUAGCGACAUCAUGUUCGCUAUGGGUGCUUUUAAGUCAGGUUACUUCAGCUGGAAAGAUUACGGAAUGCAUAAGCUGCAAAGUCUGGCCUUUACGGUCACAACAGCUGUUGUGGGAAUAUAUCUCUCUCAGGGCGCCAAGAUGUCUCGCAUAGGUUAUAAACUUGCUGGGACUACCCUCAAGCAAGGUAGCAAACGGGUCGGUGAGUUAACUGGAAAGCAGUUAAUCAAAGCGGUCGGUGGUAGAAUAGUAGUGAAGGAAACAGCAAAACGUGUGGCAUUGAAAACGGCGGAAGGCUUCGCAUUAGGUGUUGCAAGCAUUGCCGUAGAUGCGAUUGUUGUUGAUGUUCUGCAAUCCAUGUUGACCUCUUUAGCAUUCGACAUUUUAUCUGGAGUGAAGGGUGAAGUGGACAAACACAAAGUAAAUCAUAGCUUGCAGAUAGCGUAUGAUAAGUUGGGUGCGAACGGCGCUAAAGAGCUUGUGACUGAGUUGACAAACAAAUAUAUGAUGGAACAGAGAAUUACACAAAUGAUACUAAGCUACACUAAACAGAUAGCAAAUGGUUUGAAAGUAGGAAUUAAAAAUGCAAGAAUAAAAACUGGCACCACAACUAAUGCAAUGGUAGUGAUCAAACAGCUAGGUCGUACAAUAGAUUUAGUAGAUCGCAUUGUAGUAAUCAAUAAUAUAUGCAAUGCAACAAAACAGCUUCUUAAUAGUAUUAACACCGAAAUGGAGCGGAGGCUCGAAAAUAUGGACCAAAACUCUGCUCCAUCGACAGAAACCCCGGUUAAUAGGAAUGAAUUUAAAGACUUUAAGGCGGAAGUAAUAAACUUAUGGAAAACGACGUUGAACGAACACGUUGGUCAAUUGAUUGCGCAAUAUGUUGUGUUGCCAGUGUUAAACGCUGGCAUCCAGAAGGUCGCUUCAUUAUUGGGAGGAGCAUUCAAGGAGAUUAGAGAGAGCUUGAGUGAUUCGAAACCAUCCACAAGUGUACAGCGACUUAAGAGCAUUAAACAGAAGAUUAAACGGCUUGGUAUGAAAGCUAAAACGGUGCUACGACUUACAGAUCAUUAUCACAGACAGCUGCUGAGGCUUAUGUACAAACUCCGCAAUCCAUCCCUGUUGGCCACCAUCAUCCGGGAGAACAUUCCAAUGGAUUCGAAGUGCCUUAGGGCGUGCACCCUAAUUGUGCAUAAAAUGCUGCAGGUGAAAAAUACUGCGAUUACUGGUCUCAAAAUCAUUGUUUUUGGAAACAAGAUGAAAGGACAAUCGUUUAGCUCUGGGACGGGUGGCCCCGAGGUUUUCCUCAAUCUGGUAGACAAUCAUUUCACUGUGUUAGAAACGGAACAUAUUGAUACGUCAGAUAACAACAGUUUGUAUGGAGCGCUGGCGACAGCUUUACCGAACUUUAUGGAACAGAAUGUAUUCAGAUCCGAGCUAAGCAAAUUCAUAGAAAAUAACAAAAACAUUCACCGUGACAUUCGACAGAGUUUGUACCGAUCUAACACAUUGGGUGGUGGUAGGUUCCAAAAGGAACGAACUAUUUCAAGAGCAUAUAGUAUGUAGACAACGAAUCGACUAUUAUACUAUCAUGAGUAGAAUAGAUGUUCAGUCCAAACCAUUCAUUUGUGUUAUAUUACCGGAAAUACAUUGCAGAAAUAAAUGUUAUAAUGCAUUUUAUUAUUCGCGAUUUAUUUAAAUCAAAAACAAAGUUUUUAUUAUGUUAAGAACAACCUCUUUAAGACAAAAAUAUAUUGAAACCGUUUUUUUUUAUUCCGGAGGAACGGCUUUGCCGUAUUGUUUAAUUAAACUGUUUUAAAAACAUAGAAUACUUAGGUUAACAACUCAUUUUUAUAAUGCUUCUUAUAAAACGUUUCAAAUCAAAGAAAUCAUUACAUUAUUCCAUCAGAUAGCAAAUUCCGGAUGGCAUCAGAUGGUAUCUGGCUUUCAAGACUUUAUUCAGUACCACGUUGCCGGAUAAUCAGUCCUUACUACGGGCUCCAUCCAUUCCGAGCUUGAACCCAUGACUGGCAUAUUAUUGAGUCGUUCGAGUUGACGACUGUACCAUGGGAUCGCUAAGAUAGUAUACUGUAAAUUAUCCGGCGCGACAACCGCUAUCUUCCUUACGCUCUAAAUGUACUUCACGAAUUGAGUCGUCCGGUUUCAUGCGCAUAACAAGGCCAACCCCCCAGAGUUCGGCGAGCUUGAUACGCUUCACGCUACGCUGUUUCGUCAUAUUUCACCGAACUGUACGUCACCAUCCAUGAUUUUAGCCCAAAUUUAGUAAACAAAUUAUAACUUCUCACACAUGUCGGGUCAAAUGAUUGCAUUCGAGUUUUUGGAAACCAAAUCACCACAAAUUCUGAUUGGCCAUGUAGCAUCCAAGUUGUGAUCCUACCUUACCAGAGUAUAAUUCAGCGAAGAACGAUCCGCCGAUAAUCUUCAUUAACGAGCGUCAUUAACAAACAACUGAAAGGAAGGUUGUGAUAAAAUUAUGGCACUGUAAUUGAAAGUGUAUACAGACCUGCUGAACAGUCCAUUUAGUAAUAUACGAAAUCACGCACGGAUUAAUACAGCCAUAGCGUGUCAAUAAUUGAAUUAUCUUUUUUCAUGGAAGGACGAACUUUCACAACUAAAGUAAAAAAGGGCUGCAAAUUGCAUUGUAGCAACAUUUGACUGGCAACCACGAUAUAUUCCAAUAUUCUAAGCAACAUUUUGAAGAUCGAAUAAAGUACAACUUGUUACGAUCUUUGCUGUUUGCAUGAAAUUCACUGCCGGAACAGAUAUCUGUGUAAGCUAAAGUCUCUUUCUACGUCAAUAACAUCCUUAUCUUCAGAUGAAAAUGACACUUCAAAAUUUACUACGUAACAAUAAACAUGCUCAACGAAGGGUCAACGUAAUAUGGUAAUUUGAGUAUAGAAAAAUUAAAAGUGUAGAAUUUGUGUAAUAUAAGAAAGUAAUAUGUGUAUAAUUUAGCUCAGUUUUGGAUUGUAGAUUGAAAUAUGUAGCUUUCAAGGGCGUUUAAGCAAAUAACAAUUACCUUUGUUAUUUUUGUAGGCUUUAAUAAUUAAGCUAUGCUGAAUGGACAAGGAAAUGAUUUUAUCAUAGCUUAUAUUACCAAGUAACCUUCGAAAAUGGCUAAAGGUUCAAGAAACAGCAGAAUAAUAUAAGAAAUGUGUCUUAUUAUGGGACAGAGGUUUUUCUAAACAAAAACAAAAAUACCAGAGUUUAACUAAAGCAAUAGCUAAAACUUUUUUCAUUUAUUUGCAUUAUGAAUAUUAAUAUUAGAUAGAGUUAUCUGUAGGAACCUAGUAAAAUUUAUAAAACAAAUUAACAUAGGAAAAAUAAUGUUGUAUUCAGCGGAAGACAUUUUAAGAUGAGUGUUGUAAUGGUAGUAGGAUGGAAGGAUGGCACAUGUAAACUAACUAAUCUGUAAUAUAUACAGAUCUCUAUACAUAUAUCAUAUACAGUAUCUAUAUAACACUCAGUCGAUUUAAGGCCCUUCAUUUUCGAUGGUGCAACAUAUUUCAAAGCAAA